UCAGAAGAAUGUUCAGUUAAUUAAACGCUCGUUCUCGACGCUGUUCUUUGUCCAACGUAGAAUCAUGAAGUAUCUGUUAAUAGCGUUUUUCAUUUUCAAUCUAUUGGCAAGUGCCGUGGCCGGACAGGACAAGUGUCAAACCAUUAUCAACCAGCAAGGUGUUAAUACGGUGGAGUAUGUGUGUACAGAUUUAACGAACCUAUUCGAAUUGGAGAAAGCGAAGAGUAAUACUACCAGUAUUGAAAUUACGGAUUCGAGGAUAGCUCACAUACCAGGACAUGCUUUCGCACGAUUCGGUGCAACACUAAUCACAUUGGAUUUACAUGGGUGCGGCAUAGGAACGAUAGAUUCCUAUGCAUUCAUAGGACUCACAAAGUUGAAAAAUUUAAUAUUAUGGGACAACAGAUUGAGAUUUGUGGCAGGAGAUUGGUUUGUGAACACCUACAACUUGAAGACCCUAGAUCUAUCGUUCAACUACAUCGAAGUAAUCGACUACAGAAUAUUCCAGCUUCUUCCCAAUUUGGAAAACUUCUAUUUUGAUUAUAACCGAAUUAAAACUAUCGAAUACAGUAUGUUCGCGUACCUAACAAACCUUAAAAAUGUGAAGUUUGAAAAGAAUCCACUGAAUUGGGGAUUUCGUGCACUUUUGAUGUGGCAAUUGGAAAAUCAACGCGUAAAAUACAACGAGGAAUGGGAGGAUUGGGGGUGGAUGAACGCCGUCAUCAAAGAUUGCUCGGAGAGCGGCCAGGGUGAAAUACCGAAAGACACGAUUCUCGAUUGCGCCGUUGGAAAACUACUCGACUUCACGCAGCAAAUAUUUUCCACUACUAUGAGAGAACAAAAUUUGGAUUGCACUAUGAAAGCACGACAGUUGGUUCGUUGUAUGAGACCAAAGAAUGCUACCGGAAACACAGAUAACGAGACCGUGCGAAGAAUACUCGAGGACUAUGAGACCGUCUUAAAACCAAUGUCAAGAUCACUGGCUAGAUUUUCACCACCAACUAAAUAAUUAUUUUAUGAGAGUUCCUUUCUAUUUCAAAAUAUCCAUUUAAUCCUUGGACAGCGAGUAGUCGAGACAAAGAACAAUUUAAAUUUUAUUUUACACCCUUCCUUUAGACAUUAGUUUUCUAAUGUAUUAUAUAAUUUGGCUAUGACGUUUCAUUUACUAACAAAUUUCUAAUUCGUUAAAUUAUGUGAAAACUGUAGAUUUUCUAUAAAUAAAUAACUGUUAUUUUCAAAAUAAACAAUUUAUACGAGUCUGCUUGAAAAAUUGAAAAUUUCAAUUUAAAUCUAGUUAAAACCAUACAUGUUUUGUAGAUCUGGGUUACCAUUGACCUACUUGUAUCUUUCGAUGUUUAACUAUUCAUAUAUUUUUAGGUGUUACCAUGUUUCAAUGCUACAUUUGGAGUAUGAAUAAUUAAUUUACUAUCUGUAUUUAUACAGAUCGUUAAUUAUUCAUAGUAUCAUUCGAUCAUUUAAAGAUAAUUACUUUAACAGAAAUAAAUAUCAAGAUUAUAUGAAAAUAUUUUUGAAUUACUGUGUAUGGAUAUAAAUUACAUCGAGAAGUUAGAAGCAUUAAAUGAAAAAAUAUAUAUAUUACUGUGUAUUCUAACCCUCACAGAAAAUUAACAAAAUGAUUAAAAAAA